AAAGCGUUAAAAAUCCAGGAAGAAUUUGACACAGGACCUGAGCAAUGCUUCUGACCCUUCAGUUGAUUCAUCUGCUGCUCAGUGAAGCCUCAUCAGAAAUGAUCUCAGUGGAAGGGUUGCUGUCAAGAAGCCAUUAUUAAGGAAAAGAAACGGGGAGAAAAGUCAGAGAUAUUUAUAAUCUGAACAUGCUGGAGAUCAUCAUCUGUCGCUGCUGACCAUGACAAGCACUUGGGGAAGCAUGCAAACUGUUCUGUCAUGGGGACGAUGGGUUGCCAUAAGACUUGCAAGGUGGAGAAACUCCUGAGACAGUCUCAACGGGAAGUAGUGUGGAGCCAGAGACGAACGCUAGCCAGAGCAAAGAAGAACAGCUGGGUGAGAGGCACGGAUAAAAGAAAUGAAGCUUUUCCCCUCCACCUUUUGGACGAGCUUUGUCUUCUAGAGGACUACAGCCAAGCUCGGCGACUUAACCCAGAGACCCUGAGCCACCAAAGGCUACAGCAGAAGUUACUGGAGACUGAGAUCAGCACCAGAAGGAAAGAGUGUGAAGCGCUUGAUGCAGAGGUGAAGAAAAAGAAUCAAACAUGUCAGACUUUGGAGAAUGAGCUUCAAGACUUCCUCCACGAGAAUAAGCACUUGAAUCUACAGUUGUUCAGCAACAGCCACAAGGCAUCUGACUAUGAGGAGGUGAAGUCUGAGUAUGCCCAGCUCAAAGAGACCCUUGGUGCUGUGACACAGGAGAGAGAUUUAGCCCUGUGGGAGAGGAACCAGCUCCAAGCCAAACUGGAGAACCUAGAGCAGGUGCUCAAGCAUAUGCGAGAGGCUGCGGAGCGGAGGCAGCAGCUAGAGUUGGAGCAUGAGCAGGCCUUGGCUGUACUCAAUGCAAAGCAGCAGGAGAUUGACAUUCUCCAGAAGGCUCAGGUUGAGGCUAAAAAGGAACAUGAGGGCGCUGUCCAUCUGUUAGAGAACCACUUGGACAGCAUGCAGGCCAAAGUCCGCGAGCUGGAGGAGAAAUGUCGGACUCAGAGUGAGCAGUUCAACCUCCUGUCUAAAGAGCUGGAGAAGUUUCGGCUCCAGGCUGGGAAGUUUGAUAUCCUCAGCACUGAACCCUUAACUGUGUGUGAAUCUCCUGGGUCUCCGAACAAAUCCCUGUCACAGCUCCUUAAUGGACUGGCUGCCCCCACAGAGAAAGGCAAUGAGGCCCCAACAAGCAGAUCUUUGAUAUCGGAGUUCAUCCGACCACUCCAAGUCAGCGGAGACAAGCCCGAGCUCCUCUCUGUCAAGCCAACAUUCCUCACUCGCGGUCGAGCCAGCAGUCCAGCGCGGGCUUUACUCUCUGAGAUGGACAAAGAUCUCAGCUCCACCACCAGAUCCAAACCACGGUUCACAGGGAAGGUCCGUCUGUGUGUUGCUCGCUACAGUUACAAUCCUUAUGAUGGACCCAAUGAGCAUCCUGAGGCAGAGCUCCCCCUGGUGGCUGGGAAGUACCUUUACAUUUACGGAACAAUGGACGAGGAUGGCUUUUAUGAAGGAGAGCUGCUGGAUGGACAGAGAGGACUCGUCCCAUCCAAUUUUGUAGAUUUUAUCCAAGAUGAGGAGGCGCCCUCUGUCCAGCACAGGGACAUAUUAACUAAAGAACCUGGCUACCUCAACCACAGUAGCCUGAGGCCUCAAAGACCUGGGGUCGGCACAGGAACAGGCAUAAGCAGCCUGCUGUCUGACAGUAAAUUAGACUGUCUAAGCACCAGCAGCUUGGGCAUGGACCUCCUGGGCUCCUCCACCAAUGGCACGGGAACCUUGGAUGUCAGCAUUGACGAGGUCGGUGAAGACAUUGUGCCUUAUCCCCGCCGCAUCAACCUGAUUAAGCAACUGGCCAAAAGUGUGAUUAUUGGCUGGGAUCCUCCGGUGUUCCCACCGGGCUGGGGCUCCAUUAGUGGCUACAAUGUCUUGGUGGAUAAGGAGGUUCGUAUGAGUGUCCCCUACGGGGGCAGGACAAAGUCUCUUAUUGAAAAGCUCAAUCUGGCCACACACACCUACCGCAUCUCAGUGCAGAGCAUCACUGACAGGGGCCCGUCAGACGAACUUCGGUGCACUCUUCUCGUGGGUAAGGACGUGGUGGUGGCACCUUACUACCUGCGGGUGGACAGCAUCACGCAGGUCUCUGCUGAGCUGUCUUGGAUGCCCAGCAACAGCAACUACAGUCACACCAUCUUCCUCAACGGUGCAGAGUAUGACAUGGUCAAGGCAGGGGGCUAUAAGUACAAGUUUUUCAACUUGAAGCCGAUGACAGUUUACAAGGUGAAGGUUGUCGCACAGCCACAUCAGGUGCCUUGGCAGCUUCCAGUGGAUCAAAGGGAAAAGAGGGAAAUCUCUGUGGAGUUCUGCACUCAGCCUGCAGGUCAGUCCUUAAAACGCCCCCCUCUCCCUCCCCAGGAGGUGCAGGUCCAGUGUGGUCAAACACCCGGGUUCCUGCAGGUGAGAUGGAAGCCGCCGCCCCUGACGCCUUCAGGAACCUCCAACGGAGCCAGUGUGAUAGGCUACGCCGUGUGCACAAAGGGACAAAAGAUAGCAGAGGUCUUGUACCCCACAGCAGACUAUGUGACUGUGGACUUAACCAGGAUUCAGGGUCUGGAGGCGAGGGAAGUCAUUGUAAGGACGUUAUCAACACAAGGAGAGUCCCAGGACUCGCCUGUGGCCAUCAUACCGCACAAUCUCUUGGGCUCUCCACGCCUUUCCCACAGAACCACUGCACCUUCCCAUCCCACACCCCACCCAGUUCACUCACAAACCCACCCUCCUUAUCCAUCGACGUACCCCCCGAACCACCCUCAGCCCCAGGUGCAGCCUCUGCCUCGACCCCAGCCCCACACGCUGCCCCACGCACAGCCUCACUCGCAGCCCAUCCGCCCCCCUCCUCCCUAUCCACAGCCUCAUUUUCACCGCAACUCCAUGCCCAAAUCCAAACCAUUAGUAAGUGCCAGAGAGCCAGAAACCAAAGAGCAUGAGGUGGGCCUGCGGCCAGCCCAGCCCUGGGAACGCUCCCCGUCUCCGCUGCCUCCCAUGCGAGGUCCCAACCUGGAGCCACCGCCCUUCCAGCCACAGCGAUCUCCCUCUCCACAGAGGAUCCUGCCGCAGCCUCAGGGAGUCCCCAUCCCCAACACCAUCGCCAAGGCCAUGGCCAGGGAAGCUGCCCAGAGAGUGUUUGCUGAGGGUAACCGGGUCGAGAAAAGGAAUAUCUUCAGUGAGCGAGGUAAUGCUUUGCAUCCUGUCAACUCUGAUGAGGAGGAGGAUGGCUACGACUCGCCUCAUGCCAGGAGGAGAGGCGCCUCAGUGGAUGAAUUCCUCAGAGGCUCCGAGUUAGGCAGACAGCACCAUCAUCACCACUACAGCCACAGUGAGGAGUACUACACAGAGAGCAGCCGAGGAUCUGACCUGUCUGACAUCCUGGAGGAGGACGAGGAGGAUCUUUACUCUGAGAUGCAGCUGGAGGAAGGCCGCAGACGCAGCAUCAACUCUCACAACACUCUCAAGGCAUAUUACAAGCGUCAGGACUUAGCUGAGGAAAGAGACUGCUGGGACCUCCAGAGGGAGGUGGUGAAGCAGAAGUCGCUCCGCAGCAAGCGUCUCCACAGCAUCCCCGAGGUGGCCGAGGAAGAGUCGGACAGCGUGGACAGCAUGGGUCAGCGUCUGUCCUUCGAAGACGGGGGGCGACCGGGGACGCCGCACACUCAGCGGAGGAUGUACCCCCAAGACGCUCACGUGCGCAACCAUCUCACCCCCAGCAAGAGCACCCGCUUGCAACGCCAACGCUCUUCCCCUCGCUUCACCGACAGCCGGUACUGCUACAGCGCCGACGACCGCAGCUUGGGACGACCCAACCGCCAGAACACCAAGAGCCCUGACAGCGGUUUAGACUGCGGCAGUGAAGAAGAAGGCUCUCUAGGGCGGGGCCAUCGAGGGUACUACGCUCACGGGAGCCCCAUGCGAGGACCUGUGCGCAUCAUUCACUGUGAAGGCCCCGUAGAGAGGCGGGCGCUGGCCAUGGGCCGGAAAAGGACUCUCACACGGCAGUGCAGCGUGGAGGAGGAGUUCUCCGAUGUCCCAGUGAUCGCGGCCAAGUCGGUACACACGGGUGAUUUUAGGAACAGGGAGCACUUUGGGCCCGGUCGGGAUGCUGGGCCGCGAAACUACUCCAGGGAAGGGGCCCUGAGCGAGGGCAGGCUGAACGAGCUGGACAGGGUCUAUUACAGCCCCCACAGGGAGGCUAGGGCCCAGUCUUUGUCCAGGCUCAACCGGGACCAGGCGCUGAUCAUUGGGAACUCGCCGUCACAUGGAAGCGCCGAUCGUCUGGACCAUUCAGGGAGGAGGCCGGUUCACAUCGGCACCCCUCCUCAGCGACGACCUAUCCCAUCCAUUGAGAUCACCAUGGACAGUAACAGUGAGGGGAGUGAGGGGAACCUCUCACCCGUCAAGGAGGAUGUUUACUAUGGCAGUGUAGCUCGGCGCAGGAUAUGGCGAUCUAUGUCCUCAGAGGAUCAAUAUGACGGCUAUGGUGGGCGCAGGCACGGGCGGGGACGGCGCUCCCCGGAUUACUACGAGGAGUCCGAGCCGGAGGAGAUGACCCGUGUGUUUGUGGCUCUCUUUGACUAUGACCCCCUGUCCAUGUCUCCUAAUCCCGACGCUGCUGAUGAGGAGCUGCCGUUCAAGGAAGGCCAGAUCAUCAAGGUGUUUGGGAACAAAGACACGGAUGGUUUCUACAGGGCAGAGAUCCGAGAUCGAGUGGGUCUGAUCCCCUGUAACAUGGUCUCCGAGAUCCAAACAGAAGACGAUGAAAUGAUGGACCAGCUCCUUAAACAGGGCUUCCUCCCACUUAACACUCCUGUGGAGAAGUUAGUGAACUGUGACCGUUUCAAAGAUGGCCGCUCAAUAAAUCGCAGGUCCAGAAAGUCCAAAAGAGAAAGAAACAGGCGAAGCGGGCGUCAGCAACCGAUGUCCACGCGAAGAAUGGUGGCUCUGUAUGACUACGACCCCCGAGAAAGCUCCCCUAACGUUGACGUCGAGACUGAACUGACUUUCUGUGCCGGUGAUGUCAUCACAGUUUUUGGUGAAAUAGAUGAAGAUGGAUUUUACUAUGGUGAGCUCAAUGGACACAAGGGACUUGUUCCUUCCAACUUUCUAGAAGAAGUGCCUGAUGAUGUAGAGGUUUUUCUCACUGACUCACCAUCUCGGUACCCCCAGGACACUCCAGCACGGAUAAAGACCAAAAGGAAGAAGAGUGUUCAUUUCACACCUUAAAGGCUCUGUUUCCGUCACGUAAGUGAGCAACUGAGGAUACCAAGAUUACGCUCCCCUCGUCUAAUGCAGAUGUCAUGGGUACCCUUAGUUUCUGGUAUGCAACAUGUAUACUUUGUAUGACAUUCCUGUAGGUUGUUUUAGGAAACUUCUCUGUGUUACCAAAAAACUUGAUGCUGUUUGUUGGUAGGACAUAGAAACCCUAGCCAAUGCAUUAGACAAAAAAAAGGUGUGGUAUCUUCAGUUGUUUCUCUGAGUGUUGUACAUGACAAUGUCCGUCUCCUGAAGCAAGGCUCCUGCUGUAAGUCAUGGUAAGCUAAAAGGCCAUUGUUGCACAGCGACCCUCAAAUCUGGAAAAUAACAGUUCAAAUUAGAUAUACAGUAAAAUCACGGAAAAGCAGAAAAUCGAGCAAUUCUAUGCAAAACCACAUUCACAAAAAUAAACAUUUUAAACAAGGUUGUUUGGUUUUACACUUCAAAUUGUCACGUUUUUUCUUCUUCCUGUAGCCAAAUUUAGGAUGGGUUUUGUUAUUAUUAUUAUUAUUAUUUUGCCUUUUCUUGUUUGUGAUCUGGUUUUCAAAUCAGUCCUAAUCCUGUGAACCAAGAUUAGCUAGUUGACGACCAAGAAUUGGUUCUUAAUUCAAGUGAGACUAUGCAACUUUUGCUGCACAGCGACCACUGCAAAUGGCACUGAAGGUGCCGUGCAAAACAGCUGCAUUAGCAUUUAGCUAAAAUGCCAAGGCGGAAGCCUGACUCUGAGCAGUGGUGCAUUUUAUUUUGUGCUUUGACUUGUAAUUGGACAAACAAUUUUCUCUCAAAGGUCACGUAGACUAGCUUUCAAAAUCACACUUCAUUUUUACCCGUGUGUAAAUUACUGUGCGUUGACACAUGUAUAUAUAAAUGCAACUUCGUACAAAUGUGAUCUUUUGUCCUGUGUCUUCCCAAAGUGCAAUUUAAAGGAGCCUUUUAGCUCAUGAUUACAGAAAAGGAAGAGUGGCUGGUGGUUUCUCUGUAACCCAGUUGUAUCAGUAAAUAUGUAUAUGUAAGAGGGAGGAAGGUGAAUGUGAUGUAGAUCUGUCCCAAAAUGCAAAUGUAUCUUUUUAUGUGAGAGGAACUGCCCCGCCUUUGACAGUGUUGGGAAUGUUGUCACCUUAAACUGAUGUGGAAGUUAGUCAAUGUCAAGUCUAAAAUUCCAUGUUCCUGUAGUUUAUUCAUAGCAGCUUCAUUUAAAAAAAAAAGAAAAGAAAAAAAAGCUAUAUGUACAAACACUGUUUCUACCUGACAGAGUGGGUGGGGUGGGUCAACAUCCAGGGAGGGCAGUAGACUUCAGAGCUAUGCUGGCCCAGCUGAGACAGAAAGGACUUAAGAGAAGGAGGGGAGUAGUGACAGGGGUGUUAGAGACGGUUGGCUUUUUAACACCCUCAACUGUCCCUUACGGGUCUCCCAUUAGGUUCCAUUGGAAAAAUCGGGUCCGCCCAGAAGAGCAGCCUCUUCCACAGUGCGUCCACACAUCCCUGGCUCUGGCCCCGCCACCGUGGGGCCCGGCAGUCCCAUCAGGGCCCCAAUGGACAUGUACUCCAAAAAGAAAAAGGGACUGCUCUCCAAAGGGAAGAAACUAUUGCAAAGACUUGGCGCUGUAAAAUAAUUUCUUGACAUACUUGGAGAGUGUCAGCCAUAUCCUUGUAGUGUUUUAAAAACAAACUCAUCCAAAUGCAGUGGACAGGUGGCAUUUGUGAGCUUAGCAAAUGCUUUAUUCUUUUACAUCUGUUGUACACUAGAAUAUUUGUACUUUGUCGAACAGUAUCCACUCAUAUUUUCAAAAACAUUUCAUAUUACGGUCCCAAGACCUCAUAAUGUCGGACGAUGUAGUGAUCUUACCUCCAACUCUCUGGCUGAUGAGAUUUUGCUGUAGAAAGGAACGACGGAGCCUGCAGCGAUUUCCAUUUUCUGCUUGGUCAAGUGCGACACUUAAGAGACAUCAUGAGUCAAGUGUGUUGUACACAGAAACCAGAAUGUCGUUCAAAUACUGAGGGCUCACUUAAACCUUGGAGUCCAGUUUGAAUUUGAUGUGAAGAUGGAUUUGAGUGUCUUUACUUGAGCUAGUCCAAAACAGCCAGUCGUAAAUUGUACACAAGGUUUGCAUGCGUUACUUCAGCACAUUCCCUCCUGGCCCCUUCAGAUCGCAUACGAUGCAACGGGGUUAGUGUGGAACCUGGAGCAUGCAGUACUUUUAAGUCAGCAUAGCUGACAUACUGUGCAGUAAACGUUGACAAAUCAGCAGAAUUAACUCCUUCUCUUCUGCCCUACUUCAACAGCUGUGAUAUAGGCAUAUUUCCCUCCCCAGAGACGUGUCAGCAACAAGCACAUACUGUAUUUACUACAGGGUCUUUGCAGUCAAAUCAGCCUAAAUGACAAUGCCUAGUAUAUCCAACCUCCAUGUAUUUGCCUUAUAAUUGCACAAUGGGUAGUACUUUGUCCAGUAGAGCAGCGGUCCCCAACCUUUUUUGCACCACGGACCGGUUUAUGCCCGA